AUGGCUGAGGAGAAUGGCCUGACUGUCGACAAGGCAGGCUUUGAGAGGGGUCUGGCUGAGCAACGGGAACGCUCAAGGGCAGCAGGACGUAAGGGGGCCACCGAGGGCAUCAAGUUUGAGGCAGAGGCAACAGCAUGGCUGGCAAACAAUUCCAUACCGCUGACAAAUGAUGCCUUCAAGUAUGAAGAAGGUGAUGUGACCACAAAAAUCGUCGCAAUAUUGUCAAGCUCAGGCUUUGUGGAUCGAAUCGCGGGUGGUGAAGACAAGGUGGGGCUUGUCCUGCACAGCACGAGCUUCUAUGCAGAGGCGGGAGGCCAGGUGGGAGACACAGGUGUCAUUGCCGGACCCAAUGGUAGCUUCUCAGUGUCAGAUUGUCGUGUAGCUGCGGGGUACAUCCUCCAUGUGGGAGAGGCCUCCGGUGACUUUGUUGUUGGGGAGGAGGCCACCUGCAAGGUCGACUACGCCAGGAGGAGGAAGAUCGUUCCUAACCACACAUUCACGCAUGUGGUCAACCAUGCACUCAAGAAAGUCCUUGGGGAACAUGUUGCGCAGAAGGGCUCAAUAGUGCUCCCCGAUCGCCUGCGCUUCGAUUUCUCGAACAAUGGCGUUGUGGAUGCUGCAAAAUUGGGGGAAGUCGAGGCCAUGUGCAGGGACGCCAUCGGCAAGGAGCUGCCCAUCUACGGCAAGGAGAUUGCCCUCAGCGAAGGCAGGAAAAUCAAUGGCCUCCGUGCUGUGUUCGGUGAGGCCUACCCAGACCCAGUGCGUGUUAUAUCUAUUGGGAGGCCUGUGGAGGAGCUCCUCAUGGACCCCACGGCAGAAUCCAACCUGGACUACUCGAUCGAGUUCUGUGGUGGCACACACCUGAAGAACACAGCAGACGCCCGGGCUUUUGUUCUGAUCUCUGAAGAGGGCAUUGCCAAGGGUGUGCGGCGUGUGGUUGCGAUGACAGGGGAUGAGGCGGAGACAGCCAUUUCAGACUGCUGUGAACUGGAGGCUGACAUGGCAGCCGCCGAGGCGCUCGUGGGACCAGAGCUGGUUGCUACGGUGAACAAACUGAAGCAGCGGGUUGAGACGGCUGUCAUCUCUGCAGCGUCCAAGGCUGCCCUGAGGGGCCGAUUGCAGGCCCAGGCAAAGAAGAUCGUCCAGAUGGAAAAGGAAGAGUCAGAGAAGAACAAGAAGCUUGCAGUGACCGAGGCAGUGGCAGCAGCUGACGAGGCUGUGGCGGGCGCCAAGGGCCACCUCGUCCUGCGGCUGGAAGUUGGGUUGGACCAUAACGCAGUGAAGGAGGCCGUGGGAGCUAUCCAAGCCAAGCACGGGACCCUCUGCCUGAUGGUUUUCACUGCGGACGAGGCAAAGGGCAAGGCGCUUGCGUAUGGGGCUGUGCCGGACAGCAUGACCAGCAAGCUGAAGGCCGGGGACUGGGUCAAGGAGGCCCUCGCCGUGAUCGGUGGCAAGGGAGGCGGUAAACCCAAUGCGGCACAGGGCCAGGGGCCCAACCUGGAGAAGCUUCCAGAAGCCAUGGAGGUCGCCGAGAAGUACGCUGCCGACAGGCUAUGA